AUGCAGUCAAAAUGCUUCUGUCCAGUCUGCCUGGACUACCUCAAUGACCCCGUCACCACCGAAUGCGGCCACAACUUCUGCGACUCCUGCAUCCGCAUGUCAUGGAAGGACCUGCAGGACACAUUCCCUUCUCCUGUGUGCCAGCUGGCCCGCCAGGAGAUGCGUAUCAGUGCCAACGCCCAGCUGGGCAGGCUGGUGGACCUGGCCAAGCGCCUGCACAGCUCCGGGAGCAGCAAGAUGGCACGGGGAGAGGAGCACAGGCAUGAAGACCACAGGCAGGGGAUGAGCCUCUUCUGCGAGGACGACCAGGCGCUGCUGUGUCCCCUGUGUGCCCGGUGUCUUGAUCUUCAGUGUUCUGUGGAGGAGGCCACAUCCUAUCACAGACAAAGGCUCAAGUACAUUAAGUCACUGGAGAAGCGGUUGGCAAAGGUGCAGAAGCUAGAAGUCACCCAUGAUAGAAAGAUCCUCCAACUGACCGAGGAGGCCAGAAUGCUUAAGAGUCAGCUGGCCUCGGAGUUUGAGCAGCUCACCCAGUUUGUGGAGAGUGAGCAAGAGGCAGCUCUCCGAAGGCUGUCAGAAGAGGAGAAACGCCUGCAGCAGCAGCUCAGGGCCAACCUGGAGGUCUACUCUGACCACAUCUGGGCGCAGAAAGACCUCAGACGGGAGGUGGCCGAGCGGAGCGUGAUGUCCGAGGAGAUGGUGCUGAGGGGCGUGAGGGGCCUGCAGCAGCGCUGGGCGGGCCUGCAGCCCCCGGCAGUGCAGCCCCUGUGCUUCAGGCCGGUGGCCUACAGCCUCCCUCCUCUGUGCUCAGCGCUCAAAAGCAUCAUCCGGAGAUUCCUAGAGAGCAUCAGCCUGGACCCCAACACGGCACACCCCAGCCUGCGCGUGUCUAAAGAUAAAAAGUCUGUGACCUGGGUGAGGAAAAAUCCCAACUUUGUUGGGGAUCCGGGGCCACCUGAAGAUGCCGCCGAGCUAGUGGUCCUGGGCCGGGAGGGCUUCGCCUCUGGCCGCCACUACUGGGAGAUGCAGGUGGGCGCCAAGCCCGAGUGGGCCGUGGGCGUGUGCAGCGUCGCCCCUUCUGCCCAGGCCUCGCGUCCCCUGGUGGCUCCCAAGAGAUGCUGGACGCUGCAGCUGCAGGACGCGUCUACCUGGCCGGACCAGUCCGCAGCCAUCGGCAUUUACCUGGACUGGGAUCUGGGCCAGCUUUCCUUCUACAACGCCGCCUCCGACAGGUCUCACCUGCACUUGUUCACCGAGCCCUUUGCUCAAGAGCUCAAGCCUUAUUUCCUUGUGGGGCGUGACUGCGCCCCUCUCUCGGUGGGCGUGGGGAGGGCUUAG